AUGGCCGAAACAACCAACGAUUCUCAGUCAAAGAGAAUUUGUGUGGUCACCGGGGCCAACAAAGGGAUUGGAUUUGAGAUAUGCAGGCAACUAGCUUCUAAUGGGAUCCUGGUAGUAUUAACUGCAAGAGAUGUGAAGAGCGGACAAGAAGCUGUCGAAAAGCUCAAGCUUUCUGGCUUGACUGAUGUAAUUUUUCAUCAACUAGAUGUAACCGAUGCAACUAGCAUUGCUUCUUUAGCAGAUUUCAUCGAAUCCCAGUUCGGGAAGCUUGACAUAUUGGUCAACAAUGCAGGAGUUAACGGAAUCACAGUGAUCGGAGGGAAUGCAAAGAACAUAACUUUUGAUUAUGAGCAUAGAGAGACAUUAAAUAUUUAA